CAAGCGGGCCUCCAUAUGCGCAAGGCACCUUGGGAGUUGUAGUCUUAGGGCACAGAGCCCUGUGGCUGGAGGCGCUGACUCACUGGGACCCAAUUGGCAGAGAGCCAACUUACUCUACGCACAGCUAUUGGCUGGAAGUCAGCUGCUUCGCAGCACAGACUCGCGGUCGCUAGUAAGGGCAGUACAGCUAGGCGGAGUGCGGGCGGCUACCGCGUUGUUGGGGACGAUCGACGGUGAUACAGCAGUGCGGCCAUGGCAGAACCGCAGCCCGUGUCUGGCGGCCUUACCGACCAGGCUGCCCUCGGUUGCUGCUCAGACCCGGACCCCAGCACUAAGGAUUUUCUGUUGCAGCAGACCAUGCUUCGAAUUAAGGAUCCUAAGAAGUCAUUAGAUUUUUAUACUAGAAUUCUUGGAAUGACGCUACUACAAAAAUUCGAUUUUCCCACUAUGAAGUUUUCACUCUACUUCUUGGCUUAUGAGGAUAAAAAUGACAUCCCAAAAGAAAAAGAUGAAAAAGUAGCAUGGGUAUUCUCCAGAAAAGCUACGCUUGAGCUGACACAGCAGCUUAGCCAAGGUCACAUUGGAAUUGCUGUUCCUGAUGUCCAUGGAGCUUGUAAAAGAUUUGAAGAACUAGGAGUCAAAUUUGUGAAGAAGCCUGAUGAUGGUAAAAUGAAAGGCCUGGCAUUUAUUCAAGAUCCUGAUGGCUACUGGAUUGAAAUUUUGAAUCCUAACAAAAUGACAACUAUUAUUUAGUUCUGUGAGAAUACUGCUGAGAUUUCAGUGAAGAUGCUAUGGGAGAUAAAGAAAACAAUGUGAUUCAAGAUAUUUAGAUAACAGAAGCAUCUAGGACUGAUUGUUCAUUGUUGCAAUUCAAAUUAUUCUUAAGUCCAUUUCCCUUUCCUAUUUCAGCUGUGUUUUUCACCCAUCUGUUCAGUCAUUCUAGUUUUAAAGGAGUUCUGUCUUAGGCCCUUGAAUGUAGUUGUAUAGAAUUACUUUUUUAGGUAAUAAUUAGAACCAUUCCCUUCAGAGGCUGCAUAUACUUUCUAUGACUUCUCUACCAGUCUGCCUUUGAAUCAUCAUCUUCAAAAAAAACCAUUUAACGUGUUUUUGUUUUGGUUACCUUCUGGGGUUUCAGUUCCUCAGAAACAACUUUUCACAAUGGAAAGUAAAGAACACUGAACAAAAAUGAAACCUUAUGUGUACUUCAAAGAGUAUAAAGUGUUUGUUUUACAAAAGUGGAGGCACUCUUGGGAGCAGUUCAGAAUCAUGAUGACAAGGAUGCUGAUAGAAAAACGAAUUUCUUCUUUAUAAAGUACUUUCCAAGUUCAAGGAUUCAAGGACUAACCUCUUUAUUUUGGGAUGGGGAGGAGGAUGGGAAUAUUAUUUACUGGGUUUGUGGACACUGGAUUAGGCUGUCUCAUACUUUUAUCUCAUUUAAUCCUCCUGUAAGAAAGAAAGUGCACGAAACAUGUAAAAUAACUUCCAGAAAUUGAAGGCAGUAUAAAUAGGUUCAAGUACCCAAGAUUUCAUCAUCAUUUUUAGUAUUUAGGUUGGACCUCAAGAAUUAGUACCUCAUAGUACCUCCUCCACCAGUCUCCUGGUGUAAAAACCUUCAGUGAGUUUGAGCGUUAUUCUCUCAGCUUUCAGGCCUGAGUACCUCAGUACGGCAGGAGCACUGGAGGAAGUGUGCAGCACACAGCUGCGCAGGGAUGCCCAGCUGGUCUUUUGUGAGUGGUGCUUGUACUACAGAGAACCCCGACCCCAAGGUCCUGUAGAUGCCAGUAAUCAUUUAGGAUGAAUAACCAUCAGUGACAAUGUAACUUAUUUAUCGGAAGUCAGCUCAUUGGUCUUCCCUGCCAUGAUGGACAUUUGAUGGGUUUUAAAAAAAACCAAACUGAUUUUGAAAAUCUCUUCCAGCCCUGUGAAUAAGAACAUCCAGUUGGUAGUUUUAACUACAUUUAGAUUUCCCGUGGAUCUACUGGAAGACCUUUGGAUAGGCCAUGCCCACUGUGCUUACACAGCUAAAAGCAGUUUACGUUUCCUUUUUGAAUGGAAUGGAUUUAUGUGAGCAAACUGAACAAAUAGCAGUACUUGUAGACUGAAAUAAAAUAAAUAUUUAAAUAAGA